AUUCAAUAAUCAAUAAACAUAAAAUAUUGUUAACAAUCCUCUUCAAUUUAUGAUUUUGUCUUUUCUUUUCUGCCAUCACAAUCACAUCAAGAUUUUGAUUCCUUCCUGCUACAAUUCUUCGCUUUUCUUCUAUAAAAUAGCAUCUGUAAUCUUCUUCUUCUUGUUUUUAUUUCUCUUUCUUUCUUUUGGGUUCUCGUUUUCUUUAAUUAUUAUCACAAACAACAACGAACCACCGCAAAGCUCGGCUGCAACAACAUCCAUGAAGGUUCACCCUGUGCCCACCACAAAGAAGAGAAACAACAUCACCAUUCAAUAUUAUGAUAAUACUAACAAUUUGAGAAACCCACGGAAUCUUUCAGCUGGGUCUCACAAGAAGCUCCGUCGCUUGCCCCAUAUCUUUAGUCGGGUUCUUGAGCUGCCUUUCAGGUCCGAUGCUGACGUGGAAAUCGAAGAGAACCCCGAUUGCUUCAAGUUCAUUGCCGAAACCACCGGUAUCGGUGAAUUCAGGGCCCAUAUGAUUCAAAUCUAUCCUGGGAUCACUAAAAUCGUUGUUAGGCAAAAUGGGUCUGUGGAGUUGUCUUCGUUGGAUGAGCUGGAGCUGGAUAUGUGGCGGUUUCGGCUGCCCGAGACGACCCGACCCGAAUUGGCGAGUGCUGUUUAUGUGGAUGGGGAGCUGAUAGUGAUUGUGCCGAAAGGUGGGGACUUGGAGAGUUUGGAGGAGAGAGAAGGCAGUGGUCGUGCCAGUGGUGACGGUGGUGAAAACGGGGAUUUUAGCGGAGGCAUGGGAAACAAUAGGCUCGUGCUUGUACAGUGAUAUAAAGUGAUCUCUUUUAUGCUUUAAUUAUGUUUAUGUUACUUUUUAAUGUUGAACUUUAGCCUGCAAGUUCAUUUUGUGAUGGCGUUUUUAUGGAUAAUUUUCCUUCAAUAAAUCGGAGAUGUUGUUUUUGUUGCAAA